CGAAAGCAUUGGGCUCAAUGCUGGGCUCAAUGGAGCCUUCCAAUUGUGAAGUUGAGUUUCACGACCGCUUUCAGUGGGAGAACACUCUUACGACUCGGAGAAGCAUAUUGAGUACAGCUGCACUCGCUCCUUCGUUACGGACCAAUUGCAAAGCCACUCCAGGCAACGGACUCCUUACGGGGCGAAGAUUGCUCCAGAAUUCUCACAAUGGCUCUCGUGCGGCCGAGCAUGAUAGUGGAGCGUAAACCACUCAGCCUUCCUCCCCCAGUCAUCUUCGCCCCUCGGCCCGUGCAUACAACGUUGCAGAAUAGUCAUCUUCGAGGGAUUCACGGAGAGACCGCGCCACCAGCACCGCCCGUCUUCCUUCCUCCAACCCCGCCACCACCUCCAUAUGACCCUUCAGCCGCACCUCCGGCACUAAGUGAUCUUAGGCAGAACGCGGACGGAAGCUGGCACGUGCGACGAGGCGAGCCGAACGGUGCUGCAAAUGAGACGACUGGGCCGAAGGUGCCGAUACAGGGCCCCGUGGAGGACGCUGGGGUGGUGCCAGAGUACAGUCAAGCACCGCCUGAGGUGCAACUACGGAGGGGCCCCCGACAGUUGAGUGCAGGGCAGAAGAAAGCACCUGCGUACGAUUUUAUAUAUGCCGACGAGGACACGUUCGAAAACGAGAUCAACGAGUUUCAUAACUUCCAGGACAAGCCGCAGAUGCUGGAAGGAAGGGAGGUGUUUGAGGCAUCCUUCAAGGGACAAUGGAAGGGCGCGAAGAGGUCGGAGAAGGCAAAUUGCGUCGGAUGUCUUCUGGAACAGCUAGAACUCCGUGAUCCAGAGUUGCGAUACAAAGCCACUACCAAACUGCUAUACAUUGCGCAAGGGUGCUUUGGCGAGGCACAAUCUCAGGAGGAGCAUCUCCAGAGCAUCCGAGAUAACAACGUUCUGCUGUUCGAGCUGGGAGCACUUGAUCAUGUGUUUGCAGCACUGAAGGUGGUCUCUGUGACAUUGGACUUACUUACUCGCGUCACGGACCCGCAGCUGCUCUCGAAUGAGCGCCAGUACGCGAUGGACCUUGCGACGGGCGAAACAUCGGCGCACAUGUGCGUGCUCUUUUUCUUGCUGAAGGUGAACGGCAAGGAGGAGGCGUUCUCGCAGGAAAUCACGAACACGAACCCACCUCUAGCUGCCUUCCUCUUUGGCUUGGUAGCUCAACUAGCGGAAGGAAACAGGAAGCACUAUCCGGUGAAGAAGCUCCUCCUUCUGCUCUGGAACGUGCUUUUGGUGUGCUUGGGUGACACGAAACGCCUCAGUGAACUGAAGAGCGCUUCUCGGACUCUGGAAGGCCUGCCGGCCUUCGACGAAAGCCUCCUCGUAAAGUCGGUUCCUCAGGACUAUCUGAACUAUCAUACAUCCACCGCCGCUCGAUACCCUGCAUACGUUACGCCAGACCCUUCCAUACUUCUCCCACCUCGUAAGACACUUCCAGAAGGCAUUCCAGGCAAUACGCGUCGCAACGUCCAACAACCAUGCCUGACGCAGCCAUACACAUCGCCGUAUGAUUCCCUUCUCCCGGCUAUGUUCCAGGAAAGUGUCGACCUGUACAAGAAGCACAACUACACCUCGGCAUCCUUGGUACAAAUUUCGCGCGAGAAAGACCGGGUGGAGAAGGAAGAAAGCAGCCGGAAGUUAUCGGGAGAUAACGAUCGGGAGCAAAGUGACUUGACGGACCCGGCUGAUGAUGAGAGCAAUGGCACACCGAGCGAGUUUGGAAGUGAGAGACGGCGUGAGGUCUCGGUGACAAGUCGGAACUUGAAGCAGAACGCUCAGAGAAUCCGGAAGGAAGACGCCGUUAGGUUGAAGCGGUUCGAGACUCUCUAUCGUCAUCUUCUGCCCCACAUGGCCACGCACAUAGGCAUGCUGAUCCGUCUCCUGUACUACGUGAAUCUUGGAAGCACGACUGUGCCGGGUGGGAAGCCAGAUGGGGAGGGCGAGAAAGGCGGAGGGUUAAAUGAUGAUCUGGAUCCGGGAAUCCCUUUCAAUGAGAUGACGCCAGAGGAACAACGGAGCCAUCUCCUCCGCGUGGACAACAACCGUCAUAAGGAAGUUGUCACGAAAGCCGUCAGUGGGAUUUUGAUGAUCCUGCUGAAAGCUACCAAGUGUCAUCAUGCCUUGAAGUUCGAAUACAUCUCACAGCUCAUGGUGGACAACAACUGCGCUAUCCUUAUCCUCAAGAUGCUAUCUGCCUGGCUACAGAAUCCAACGAUUGCCUCCCCCAACUAUGGAGGACCACCGUUGCUCGACCCACAAGGGAACCCGAUUCCGUGGGAAAAGCCCAAAUCACCCACCGCAGCGCAGGCGGCCAUGCAAGGAAUGGGGGCUGUACGGCUGACGAAGAGAGACGAGCCCGCGGAAUUAGAUUUCUUCUAUUUCGCGAGGAGGGAUGAAACGGAGGCAGGAUCUGGCUGUGGAAAAGAGCCCGCGGCUGAUGACACCACUAAGCAAACCGUUGAAACCGAUGCACCGUCGACGGCAUACCCAACGCGCCGUCAAAGCUCUGACCUUUUGUCACCAGAUGCAGCGAAUGGGUUUACGGGGGAUGACAACGGCGCCGAACAGAAAACAGCAUCAUCGUUCCGCAAUUUCUACACUGCGAUCAACCUUCUCCGCAUUUUACAGAAGCUCACGAAGCGCAAAACGCACAGAAUCCUAGCGCUGGUUCAAUGGAAAGCCUCUGCGGUUUUGAAGCGCGCGAUGAAGGUCAAUCAUGUGGGAUUGCAGCUAUAUGCGCUGAAGCUGUUGAAGAGUCAAAUCCCGUACCUUGGGAAGAAGUGGCGGUCCAGCAAUAUGAAAGUAGUAACUGCCAUCUUUGUGCAUUUGCGCCCAUACUUGAGGGAUGAAUACUUGGCUGGAGAUGUGGACGUGGACGUUGACGAGGCGCUGGCGCACGAACAAAAGCUCCGGUCUCUCAUCGCUUCCUACCAUGAGCACCGCUACAGCUCUCUUGAAGGCCUCUCACCAGCCCCAGCGACUCAUAGUGCAGAUGAGGAGUCCGCAACGCACUCGCACGUCGAUGAGCUGGAUCUCAUCUUGUCUAUUUCACGCCGAGCGAGCUAUCAAGGGGCAACGGACCCACAGAUUCAUGCCAUCGCGGCUGCCUCAGGAACCCGCAAUGGCCCCCCAUCGUCGACCUCCUCGACAUCGUCCGGAUCCGUGAUGCACGCUUACGACCAGUUAACUCUGGAUGCCAACUUUCUGGAGAACUAUGAAGAGUGGUUGCGCAUGGAGGUUUACGAACCUGACAGCAGCGACUCGCCCACCUCUCCCUCCGAUCAUGUCUGGUCACAUAACGGCUCCUUUGACCCAGACUCGGCCGAUGCAAACCAACAACAGCCACCGCGCUCCCUCUUCUCCGCGACGCAGCGGUUCAGCAAAGAGAUGCUCAGCGACUAUGACGACACAGAAUGGGAUCCCUCUAACAACGCCUACUAUUACGAGUUCCCCGGUGACGAUGUGCCAGGCAGUCAAUGGGACGAGCCUGUCGACGUCACGCCGCGAGAGGCCCUUACCUGGUCGUCGUGGGGGGAUCAGGACGGCGCCGAUCAUGCGUACGAGUACCCACCACCUGAGGAAAUUGGUGAUUACGGUUAUGAUGAGGCCGGCGGUGACAGCCCCCCCUCCACGUGGACGGACGAUUGGACACAAGAUGAGACUAGAGAGGCGCACUGGGUUGAGCCGGCGGAGGACUACGGGUAUCGGGAUGCGAGCGAUGGAUAUGGUGGAGGUGGUAUGAAUUACACCGGCCGUGAAUACCAUCAGGAGCGGGACGAAGAUACGGCGAGCGAGGGUGGAAAGAGGAAGAGACCGAUGGAAACGGGGUCCAUACCAAAAUCGCAUUCAUCGGAAAACUCCGACUCGGAUGAAUCGGAUAGAUCCGCGACGUCAUUCGCGAGUGCGGAUAGCGGGGUGGGAAGCUGGGAAGAUAAAGAUGAGAGUAAAGAAAGGAAAGCGGAAGUGCGUCGGGGAAAAGGAAAGGCAAAGGGAUGAGAAUCGAGCUCACACAUCAGAUUCUACCGUCGCCAUAAUGGCCCGAACAUUUAUCUGAAUCGGCCCAGGCGUACAUUCACUCGCUCACUGGGGGCUCUCGAUCCUCAAUUCAUUUACUAGUGUAGCAGCGGACACUCGUAAAAACUUGUGAGAUACAAUAAC